AUGCAUCUUCCAUCAGCCAAUAUGAGGGAUCGAGAAAUAUCUUCUCGCGAAACCAAUGCGCCUCAACUGGUAGAAUAUGUCACACCUCGUCACGAUAUAUAUCCUUUCAUAGACCCAACCAGUGCUAAUCUAGCUGGCAAAUCUGUAUUCAUCACAGGAGCCUCUAAGGGUAUUGGUAAGGCCACUGCCUUGGCCUUUGCAACGGCUGGCUGUUCAAAAAUUGCAAUUGCCGCACGUUCUUCACUUGAUAAUGUCGAAAAAGACAUCAAGGAAGCUGCAGCUAAAGAAAAACACCCCGAGCCUCUGGUAUUGAGCCUAACCGUGGACGUAAUGUCAGAAGAGUCGGUACGAAUGGCUGCCGAAGCUACCGCCCAGACAUUUUCUGGAAGUCUCGAUAUCCUAAUUUGCAAUGCUGGCUACCUUGAGGAUUGGAAAAAUCUGGCCGAGUCAGAAGCUGAUGAGUGGUGGAAGUCAUGGGAAGUCAACAUGAAGGGCACCUACCUAUGUCACCGAUAUUUUAUCCCCCUGCUGCUCAAGUCGCAAACAAAGACGAUUAUCAACUGCAGCAGCAUAGGAGGACACUAUAUUAUGCCAGGCGCUUCAAGUUACCAGACCUCGAAAUUUGCAUUAGCUCGUUUUACCGAGUUCGCCGACAAGGAGUAUUAUCAGCAAGGCUUGAUUGUGAUAAGCUUGCAUCCUGGCGGCGUUGCUACAGAACUAGCUCAUAACAUGCCGACAUAUUUACACCAGGCUUUAAUUGAUCCACCAGAGUUACCUGCUCAUACUUUUGUAUGGUUAGUUAAGGAAAGGCGGGAAUGGUUGUCUGGGCGGUUCAUUAGCGUGUGUUGGGAUAUGCAAGAACUCGAACAAAAAAAGGACGAAAUUCUAGAGAAGAAUGCACUAAAAGUUCGGGUGGUCCUUUGA